ACCAUCAGCUUUGUGAAGCCCUGGGCCCAGGGCACCUUCAGCAGCCAGCAGUGGGUCCACCUGCAGAAUAUAUUUCGGGUUUUUCGAAGCAGCUUCACCAGGGACAUACAGGAAUUCGCCAAAAUGCUGUCCUUAGAGUAUCCCAUGGAGCUGCAGCUGUCUGGUGGCUGUGAGGUGCACCCUGGGAACGUCUCAGAACACUUUCUCCAUGUAGCAUAUCAAGGAGAAUAUAUCCUGAGUUUCCAGGGAACUGCUUGGGAGCCUGCCCCACAGGCCCCCCAGAGGGUAGAUUUGGUCAUCAAAGUGCUCAACCAGGACGAAGGGACAAAGGAAACAGUGCAGUGGCUCCUCAAUGACAUCUGCCCCCAAUAUGUGAAUGGCCUCCUAGAGACAGGGAAGUCAGAACUGGAGAAGCAAGUGAAGCCCGAGGCCUGGCUGUCCAGUGGCCCCAGUCCUGGGUCUGGCCGUCUGCUGCUGGUGUGCCACGUGUCUGGCUUCUACCCAAAGCCCGUGUGGGUGAUGUGGAUGAGAGGGGAACAGGAGCAGCAGGGCACUCAGAGAGGUGACAUCCUGCCCAAUGGUGAUGAGACGUGGUAUCUCCGAGCAACCCUGGAUGUGGCAGCUGGGGAGGCGGCUGGCCUGGCCUGCAGGGUGAAGCACAGCAGCCUAGGAGGGCAGGACCUCGUCCUCUACUGGGGUGGGAGCCACACCUCUGUGGGCUUGGUCAUCCUGGUGGUACUGGCUUGCCUGGUGCUGUUCUUUGUGCUCAUUCUAGGCUUCUAUUGGAUCAGGAGACACCGCUCCUAUGAAGACAUCUUGUGAGUCUUCUGGUCACCUGUCUGUCUGGAGCCCAAGACCUCAAGUCCCCAGAACUGCAGUCUUUGCCUGCUUAGGAAUGGAGGAUGAAUGGAGAGUUAACCUGG